GCCCAUUGCCGUGCCAGGGACAGCAAGGGGGUGUUCAGAGCUGUGAGCGAUGGGGGCUCAGCUCUCACAGCUGUCCCGGGGCUAUUCCUCACCCUGCAAAGGCUCUUUUGUCUCCUUCAAAGCCAUGACCUCAUUUUACAGACAGAAAACAGAGAGGGGAAAAACCCCCCAACCUGCCAGGGGAGGUCAGAGGGGCCGGCAGAGAGAUCUGUGAGCAUCCAGCUUCUCCAGCAGGGACACAAAAAACCGGGAUUUUGGGGCAGAAAAUUGCCCUGGAGAGAUGGCCAUGAGACUGCUGAAGGGCCCUUUAGUCCUGUGUGUGUCCAGGGCACCAAGUGCCUUCUUUGAGCAAGAGCACGAGGUCAGGCUCCCAAAUCUGGCAGCCAGAGGGGCUCUGGAAGUGUGUGCCUGUUGAUCUCUGAGGAUUUUUGGAGUUUGGGUUGUUUCCUUUUUUUUUCCUGAGGAACAGGCUCCUGGCAAAAGCAGGGGUGGCUGGAGUUCAGUUAGGGGUGCUGGUGGCUCCUGCUGGGGUGACAUUUGCCUGACCCGUGUGUGGGCAUGGUUUGGGGUCAGGGACACCCCUCAUCCCCCCUAAAACUCCACCAUUUGUUCUGGGUUGGAUUUGCAGCCUCGUGUCCAGCCUUGGCUUUGCUCUGGCCCCUGGUUUUUGCUCAGACACCAGAACUGUCCUUUCCACCCCGAACCCACUCCUGAGACUCCUCUGGCCCUGUGACUGUCGUUUUCCAGAUAAAACCAGGAAUGACGGGGUAGGACUCUUGGAGCAGGACUCCUGGAGCUGCCUGGAAGCCCCAGAGGGGUCAGAUGUCCCCUCACACAUCAUUUCUGCUCCAGCUGCGAACAAGAACUUCCAGUUUCACUUCCCAUUUUCCCAGCCAUGUGAGCAGACACCAGAGCAGAGCAGUGAGGGCUUCUGGCUGCUCGUCUCCUCCCCGUGACAGAUGGGGAAACGCUUCUUCCUCGCUCGGUGCUGGUGGUUUGAACUCUGGAGUUUUGUGUCCGGGGGUUCAGUGGCCACGUGGGUGCUCCGAGUGCCACCAGCACGGGUUUGCUCUUCUCUUUGCCCACUUCCAGUUUGCUGGGGUAAGCACUUUGUGAUCCCUGCUGGGCUGAGAGUUUUCCCCAGAAGAUUUCAGCAAUGCACACCCAGGAAAUCCCGUGUGCUUGCUCGGGCAGGGCUGGUGCAGAGGGAGGAUUCGCCGCUCGGAGCAGGGUGCUGAGGAGCAGCACAGCAAUUCCUGUGCAAUUUCGGGGGCUGCAGUGGAAGGAAAAGCAGAUUCUGAGCGUUCCCGGGAUUUUGACCACAGCCUGUGAGGAGGGGAACCUGCAGUGGGAUCCCGGCCUGAGCUCUCCACAUCUCACAAGAAGAGGAAGAGGAAAAGACGGUUCCUUCGCCGUUGAUAAAAUGGGAAGCAGCAUCUCCCCAGCAGCCCGGGAAGGGAAGCUCCAAUCCUUGCCUGGGGGGCAUCCCUGGGAGCUCUGCAGCUGGCAGGACACAGCCCUGUGCCACUGAGGGCUCAGCCUGGGGACAGCAUGUCCUUGCAGAGCCGCCGGACCCAGCUGCUGCUGGUGAACUCGCUGACCUUCGGGCUGGAGGUGUGCCUGGCCGCCGGCAUCACCUACGUGCCGCCGCUGCUGCUGGAGGUGGGCGUGGAGGAGAAGUUCAUGACCAUGGUUUUGGGGAUAGGCCCUGUCCUUGGGCUGGUUUUUGUGCCUCUGAUCGGCUCGGCCAGCGACCAGUGGCACAGCAGCUACGGCCGCAGGAGACCUUUCAUCUGGCUGCUGUGCCUGGGGGUGCUGCUCAGCCUUUUUGUCAUCCCCCACGCCGGCAGCCUGGCCGGCCUGUGCGCCCUCAACCCCCGGCCUCUGGAGAUCGCCUUCCUCAUCGUGGGCAUCGGGCUGCUGGAUUUCUGCGGCCAGGUGUGCUUCACCCCGCUGGAGGCCCUGCUCUCCGACCUCUUCCAGGAGCCGGACAACUGCCGCCAGGCCUUCUCCAUGUACGCCUUCAUGAUCAGCCUGGGCGGCUGCAUCGGCUACCUGCUGCCAGCCAUCGACUGGGCCUUCCUGGCGCCCUACCUGGGCGGGCAGGAGAGCUGCCUCUUCAGCCUGCUGGCCCUCAUCUUCCUCGCCUGUGUGCUGGCCACGCUGUUUGUCACAGAGGAGGCCGCCCAGGGGGAUAUCCUGGCGGGGCCGGCGCUGAAGGACGCGUCCCCGAGGGCGUCCCUGUGGUGCUGCUGCUGGCGGGCGGCGCGGGCGCCGUGCCUGCUGCCGGGCAGGCGGGUGCUGCAGGCGGGCAGGCGGCUGUGCGCGCUGCUGCCGCGCCUGCACGGCCUCUGCUGCCGCGUGCCCGGCGUCGUGCGCCGCCUCUUCGUGGCCGAGCUCUGCAGCUGGAUGGCUCUCAUGACUUUCAUGCUCUUCUACACGGAUUUCGUCGGGGAAGGGCUGUACCACGGCGUGCCCAGGGCCAAGCCGGGCACGGAGGCCAGGCGGCACUACGAUGAAGGUGUCCGGAUGGGCAGCCUGGGCCUCUUCCUGCAGUGCAUCACCUCCAUCUUCUUCUCGACAAUCAUGGACUGGCUGGUGAAGCACUUUGGGACACGGGCAGUGUACCUGGCCAGCGUGGUGUUCUUCCCUGGGCUGGCCUUUGUCAUGUGCCUGUCCCGCAGUGUCACCGUGGUCACCAUCUCCGCUGCCCUGACUGGCUUCACCUUCUCUGCCCUCCAGAUCCUGCCCUACACGCUGGCAUCCCUCUACCACCACGACAAACAGGUGUUUCUGCAUAAAUACAAGAGGAAAGAGGAGGAAGACGCCACUCUGCAGGACAAGAAAUCAGCCUUCUCCAAGGGGCUGCUCUCCAGCCAGAAGCUGUCUUACCAGAAUGGCCACACUGGGAGCCUCUUCUCCUCCUCCUCCUCACCUUCCUCCCCACCCUCCUCCUCCCCAGCCUCCCCUCCGGCCGUGCCCAGCUCUGCUCUGUGCGUCGGCUCCCCCUGCGACGUCUCCCUGCGGAUGGUGGUGGGAGAGCCGGAGCCGGGGGCUCCUGGCCGGGGGAUCUGCCUGGACCUGGCCAUCCUGGACAGCGCCUUCCUCCUCUCCCAGGUGGUGCCCUCGCUCUUCAUGGGCUCCAUCGUCCAGUUCACCCAGUCCGUCACUGCCUACAUGGUGUCGGCAGCUGGGCUGGGCCUGGUCGCCAUCUACUUCGCAACCAAAGUCGUCUUUGACAAGGGUGACAUGGCCAAGUGCUCCGUGUGACAGCAGGGCAGCCGUGGGGCACCAGCUCUGUGUGUGUGUGUGUGUGUGUGUGCCCACAGGGCCACUCGUGGGGCGCCUCGCGUGGCACCGGCCGGCCCCAGGCUGGGGCUGCCACCCCGGGGUGGCUCUGGGGCUGUGGGCAGCACGGGGUUAAUCUCAGGUGUAAAUAAGAGGCUUUGGGGUGUUGUCCUCAGGGCCUGAAGUG